AGCGGAACAGUGAUCGGCCGGCCGGCCGUGGUGGAAUUUUGAUUAUUGAGACUUCUAAAAGAAAUUAUCGUAUUUCCCACAAAACCUGAUAUUGACUUAGAUCUCCGUUUGCCCUCUCACGGUUACGGCGAAGAGCGCCGUAACCGUGAGAGGGCCUCUGUUUCUUUGUGUUUCGUUUAUUCCUGUUUUUGUUUCGCAUCGGUGAGAUCUGGUAGUUUGAUGGGGAUGUUAGUGAGUCAAUCCUUAGUUGGUCUUCACGGUGAGGUUUGGUAGGCGUUCGUUGGAGAGCUGCUCUUCCUCCCCCAGCGGUUUCAGGAGAAGUCUCCUUUGGUGCUUCUCGUUUCUGUGACCUUGGGCUUUUGUGGUCUUCUGAUUGUGUAAGCUAAUCCUCCCAUCUUUCUCCUCCGUCUCUUAGCUUGGUUUAGGUGUUUAGUUUUGGUUGCAGUGGUGUUGGCCUUCGAUUGGGGAGUAUUUGUUUGUUUUGUGUUCAGACUUUGUGAUUGUGUUGAGGAAGCAGUUUGAGCAGCCUUAUCUGUGAAGGUCACUGAUUACAAGUAAAAAUGAUGAUGCCGGAUUAUAGAUCUACGGUUGGUUUGAAGAAUAAAUGCCAUUGUCGUUUGCUUGUUCCUGUCUCAGAUGUUGUAGUUACUCUUGUUCUUAUCUACGUUUCGAAGCUGCAGUUGUGGUUUGGCUGUGUAGUGGAUCUUUGUCAGUUCCGUCCAGCCGUUGCCUUUCCUCCCGUUCAUUGUCUCUUCGGUUCAGCUUGUACUCCUUGCAGAUCAGUUAGCUUUUUGGCGGACUCUAGUCAGACGUUAAGAGACGUUUCAGUCGUCGUCGUCGCAUCUGGAAGUGUGUUCGAGGCUCUAUGUCCUUCUAUGAGGCUCUUUACUUGCCGGGUUAUGUUGUCCUUGUUUUUGAGAGAUUGGCUCUCUUUGUGAUAGGAGAAGGUAGAUGUUAUUCUACGAUUUGGCCGUGGGCUUUCGUGAUAAAUCGCAUUUGCUGGUGUUUCAGGAGAAGAAGUCUCUCUUUUCUUUUAGUGCUAUCCUUUUUUUAAGGUCUGCCUAAAACUUCUGCUUUUAUGUUUAGGAAUUGUCCUCUUUCGAUUUUGGUCUUGGUACUAUCUGCUUGCAUUUGUAGUUUUCUUUGUCUCCUUUGGAUAAGGUUUAGUUUCCGGGAACUUCUCUUUGUUUGCCGGCUUAGUUUCCCUCUUUUGGGCUGUAGACUCUGGGGAUAUUUUUGUUUUCCGCCGGCAUAAGUUGUAAUUCACAAUGUAUCUUUUUAUGUUCUAUAAUAUUA